UCCAAACCUCCGAGGAGGACCAGGACGUACCGUUGUCCGUUCCACACGCGAUCAAAACAGCGCCAUGUCGUCGGCGUCCAACUCGGCCAAGGGCUCGUCGCCGUCAUCGUCGACGUCGUCCCAGUGGACGAAGCCGCAGAACAAGCUGUUCGAGCGCGCCCUGGCGGUGUACGACACGGACACCCCAGACCGGUGGCACAACGUGGCGCGCUACAUGGGGGGCACCACGUCUGUGGAGGAAGUGCGCCGCCGCUACCAGCAGCUCGCCGUGGACGUCGCGCAGAUCGAGUCCGGCGAAGUGCCCUUCCACUACUGGUACGCCGCCGCCCCGCCGCUGCAUCCAGGCACCAACAACAGUACCUACGUGCCCAACUUGGCCCAGAAAAUGGAAUAGAUUCUGCAACCGCUCGCUCCAAGGAUCAGGGCUUUGGACUCGACCGGCCGGCAGCAAGUUGUAACAAGCAUUUGCCCCCGGGAUUUUGUUUAUUUGUAGUGUUUUUCUCGUAGUUAAAAUGUCGCUACUUUAUGCACGAUAUUUAUAUUCUGAUGUCCAUCUUUUUUCGUUGUUCUCAAGUGACCUGAAAGUCUGAAACAUUUCUACUGCAACAUAUUUAUCGGAA